AUGCUAGACAGCAGUCCUGGGAAGCGCUCUUCUCUUUCGUUUUCUGUCUCACUUCUCUUUCUGGCUUCUCUUUUUCUUUUUUUUUCUCACUCCUCUUUCUGGCUUUUCUUUCUUUUUCUUCUUUUCUUUCUUACUCCUCUUCCUGGCUUCUCUUUCUCUUUCUUCCUUUCUUUCUCACUCCUUUUUCUGGCCUCUCUUUCCCUUUUUUCUUUUCUUUGUUACUCCUUUUCUGGCUUCUCUUUCCUUUUCUUCUUUUCUUUCUCACUCCUCUUUCUGCCUUCUCUUUCUUUUUCUUCUUUUCUUUCUUACUCCUCUUCCUGGCUUCUCUUUCUCUUUCUUCCUUUCUUUCUCACUCCUUUUUCUGGCCUCUCUUUCCCUUUUUCUUUUCUUUGUUACUCCUUUUUCUGGCUUCUCUUUCUUUUUCUUCUUUUCUUUCUCACUCCUCUUUCUGCCUUUUCUUUCUUUUUUUCUUUCUCACUCCUCUUUCUGCCUUCUCUUUCGUUUCCUGUCUCACUCCUCUUUCUGGUUUCUCAUUUUUCUUUUCUUCUUUUUUUCUCUCGCUCCUAUUUUUGA